AUGAGCCCGCCCGCGCCGCUAGAGGUUGAUAUGGUGGGGGUUACCGAUACCUCUGCUAUGCCUGUUCCGGAUCCUUUGACCAUCAAUGGUGUCCCGACAUGGCGUGAAAAGAUGGGUCAAAUGCCCACUGGGGUCGCGGCGGCGUGCAGCAGCGAUAUGUUCAAGAGCCCGGCUUGCUAUUCCAAGCCCAAGGCUAAGCGUUUCGAUCACUACUUCUCACUUGAGGCUAAGUCUCGUAAGGCCUCUACUCUGAAGACCGCUGCGCAAUUCCUGAAGAACCCUGGAAUGAUCUCCCUUGGUGGUGGCCUGCCCUCUGCUGAUUAUUUCCCCUUGGAGAGCCUCGACAUGAAGGUCCCCACGGUGCCCGGGUUCUCUCCGGAAGCUACCAAAAAGACCGGCACCACCCUGCACGCCGGAAAACAUGAUAUUAAAGAAGGAAAGAGCCUCUAUGAUCUUGAAAUUUCUCUCAAUUAUGGUCAAGCUACCGGAGCUGCCCAGCUUCUUCGAUUCGUCACUGAGCACACUGAGAUUAUCCAUCACCCUCCUUACUCAGACUGGCAGUGCACCCUGACUGCCGGUAGCACUUAUGCUUGGGACACCGCUCUCCGUCUCUUCUGCGAGCGUGGGGACUAUAUUUUGUUAGAGGAAUACACAUUCGCGAGUGCCGCCGAAACCGCUUGGCCCCUGGGUCUUAAGGCCGCGGCAAUUGCGAUUGAUGAGCAGGGUCUCAUUCCCGAGGCCAUGGACGAUCUUCUCAGCAACUGGGACGAGAAGGCUCGCGGUGCUCGCAAGCCUUUCGUCCUGUACACUAUCCCCACCGGCCAGAACCCCACCGGAGCUACCCAAUCAGCCGAGCGCCGCAAGGCCGUAUACAAGGUCGCGCAGAAGCAUGAUGUUAUCAUUGUCGAGGAUGAGCCCUAUUACUUCCUGCAGAUGCAGCCCUAUGUUGGCCAGGAUGCUCCCGCCCCGCCCCCGCCCGCCAAUCAUGAUGAAUUCAUCAAGUCUCUUGUCCCUUCAUUCUUAAGCCUUGAUGUCGACGGCCGUGUGGUGCGAUUGGAGUCCUUCUCCAAGGUCGUCGCUCCCGGUAGCCGAGUCGGCUGGAUUGUCGCCUCUGAGCAGAUCAUCGAGCGCUUCGUUCGCAACUUCGAAGUUUCCUCGCAAAACCCCAGUGGUAUUUCCCAGCUGGUCCUCUACAAGCUCCUGGAUGAGCACUGGGGCCACUCGGGCUACCUGGACUGGCUCAUCAACCUGCGCUUGGAAUACACCCACCGCCGUGACGCAUUGCUGCACUCAUGCGAGAAGCAUCUGCCUACCGAGAUUGCCCACUGGGUGCCACCGGCCGCGGGCAUGUUCCACUGGAUCGAGAUCGACUGGAAGAAGCACCCCGGUGUCGCCGCAGGCAAGCCCCGCGAGGAGAUUGAAGAACAGAUCUUCCUUUCUGCCGUCGACCACUGUGUUCUCCUGUCCCGCGGUAGCUGGUUCAAGGCCGACAGCUCAGCCGUUAUGGAGAAGAUGUUCUUCCGUGCAACAUACGCCGCUGCGUCGUCUGAGAAGAUCGACGAGGCCAUCUCGCGCUUCGCUGAGUGCCUGCGUGACCAAUUCAAGCUGUAA